UUAACACUUGUUUUUGUUACUUGGGAGUUUCCUCGUCUUUUGAGAAGUCAACAUCUAGACCCAAAAAAAGUGAAAGCCUUACCAACGAAUGUGACAACUUGUUGGCCACCCUGAAAUUUUGGAUUUAAUACCGACUUUUGGACUAGUAAGUAACACAUGGCACAACUCUCCUCUCUCUCUGCCCGAUCGAUCUCCUUCCUCGUUUCCUCCAUCAUCACUUUGUGGGUGUAUUCCUCUGGGUGGAUUUCACAACAUUUCGUCAUUGUCUUGCUUUAUUCACAACAACAAAGAAACUUCCUUUCGAUUAACCUUCGCAUGUCUCUGGAUAGCUCAUCGGGUUGGGAAAUUAGGUCUCUCUUUACAGUUGUCCUUUGUUUACAGUUUAUCCCCAAAGACGAUUACGAUGUUGUGUCUUAUUCUUGAUCUCCUUUCACAUUUCAUGAGGCGACUUACCCAGGAAAGAUACAGUUGUUUUCCAGUGUCCCAUAGUUAUACCCUUGAGAAGUGUAAUACAUUCACCGAGUGAGAAUUAUAUCCCUAAACGGAUCAUUUUAUACGUUCAUAGCAUCAAAUUAAGAUAGAAACUCGUUUCUGUAAAUAACAAUCGAAAUUAGUUGAGUUCACGGGGAAAGAAAAACAAAUCUUUCAAGUUUUGUAAGGAUCCAGUCUCUUGGAACAAGUUUCUCGUCUUCCUUGAAGUUUCGUGGGUAUUGUGUCUAGAUGAAGAAGGAAAUUCGACAAAUGCAUCUUAAAACAUUAGCCCAUUAUUUUCUUAUACUUGUAUGUGGUAUAGGGCUUGGGGCCACACUAAUCUUUUGCCUUUAUAGUAUACCCUUAAACUCAAAAUCUAAGCAAGUAUUCACAUUCCAAGUUCCAUCCACCAUAAUCGAUAAUCAACGUUCAGGGCUUUUCCCUUUAAAUCCCCAAAUGCAAAACAGAACUGAAAUCACCACUCCUCCUACCAAUAUCAUCGUCACCAACACCACCACCAGAACGAUUAAAGAGCCAACAGAAACACCAAAGCCAUCUGCCACAAGUGCGUUUUUACACAGAAUGAAAGAUGAUGAGUUGUUUUGGAGAGCAUCGAUGGUUCCUAGAAUACGCAAGACUCCAUUCAAGAAGACGCCAAAGGUUGCAUUCAUGUAUUUAGUAAGAGGAAGGUUGCCAUUAUCUCCCCUUUGGGCUAGGUUCUUUCGUGGUUAUAAGGGGUUUUACUCCAUUUAUGUUCAUACACAACCAUAUUUUGUUGGUGAAGUGGCUCCUGAACCGAUGUUUCAAGGACGAAGAAUUCCAAGUGAGGUGGUUACGUGGGGAGAAAUAAGUAUGGUGGAAGCCGAACGUCGGCUAUUAGCCAGUGCAUUACUUGAUUUCAAUAACGAAAGAUUUGUGCUUCUUUCUGAAGCAUGCAUUCCUCUUUACAACUUCUCAACCAUCUACCCAUAUCUAAUCAACUCCAAACAGACAUUUGUGGAGUGCUAUGAUAAAGAGGGACCAGUGGGGCGUGGACGAUAUGACCACAACAUGGAACCAGCAGUUACAGUGGAUCAAUGGCGAAAAGGCUCGCAGUGGUUUGAAGUUGAUCGCCACCUAGCCCUAGAGAUUAUUUGUGAUAGGAAAUAUUACCCUUUGUUUCGAGACUAUUGCAAACCUGCUUGUUAUUCAGAUGAGCAUUACAUCCCCACAUUCUUAUAUAUAGAGUUCAAGGAAGAUAAUUCAGAUCGGACGUUAACUUAUGUUGACUGGUCAAAAGGUGGACCUCAUCCCUACAAGUUUGGAAAAUGGGAGGUGACACUUUCUUUGUUGAGACAAAUGCAGAAUGGAACCGAGUGUAUGUAUAAUGGAGAGCGAACAAGAGUUUGCUUUUUGUUUGCUAGAAAGUUUGUACCAAGUUCUUUGCUUAGGUUAUUAGAGCUAGCUCCGGAAGUAAUGAAUUUUUGAAGUUAACUUGUAAAACCUUUAAUUGCAAUCAAG